UUUCCCACACACCUCGUAUAUAUACUUUACUUCCAACUUGUUCUCAUUCUCCUCUUUUAAAAAACCCUCGUUCCUCUUUUCUCUACAGCCCUAAUCCCACGAAAUAAAAAUCGAAGUUACAUCUGUAGAUCUAUCGAUUUUAAAGAUGGGGUCAGAUGCGGCGAAGAAGAGAGAGGCUCAGAAGAAGGCGGCAGCUGCUGCUAAGAGAGGAGGGAAGGGUGCUGCUGCAUCGUCAAAGGCGGCGGUGGCGGCUUCCAAGGCAGCAGCGGAAAGUAACGGGGUUAAUAGUUUGAGUAACGGAAUAGGGGAUCUUAAGAUAUCUGAUCGGAAUUGUACGGGUGUUUUGUGUUCGCAUCCUCUUUCAAGGGAUAUUCGGAUAGAAUCUUUAACAGUCACUUUCCACGGACACGAUCUCAUAGUUGAUUCUGAACUGGAGCUCAACUAUGGCAGACGUUAUGGUUUGCUGGGACUGAAUGGCUGUGGGAAGUCUACUCUUCUUACUGCUAUAGGACUUCGGGAACUUCCCAUACCAGAGCACAUGGAUAUUUUUCAUCUUUCCCGGGAGAUUGAAGCCUCUGAUAUGUCCUCUCUUGAGGCCGUCAUUAAUUGUGAUGAAGAGAGGUUGCAAUUGGAGAGAGAAGUUGAAGCUUUGGUUGCGCAGGACGCUGGCGGUGGAGAGCAACUUGAACGGAUCUAUGAGCGUUUAGAAGCUAUGGAUGCAGCCACUGCUGAAAAACGUGCUGCUGAGAUCUUGUUUGGUCUUGGAUUUGAUAAGCAAAUGCAAGCAAAGAAAACACGUGAUUUUUCUGGUGGUUGGAGAAUGAGGAUUGCUCUUGCGCGUGCCCUAUUUAUGAAUCCAACAAUUUUAUUACUUGAUGAACCCACAAACCAUCUUGAUCUAGAGGCCUGUGUGUGGUUAGAAGAAUCCUUGAAAAAUUUCGAGCGUAUUCUGGUUGUGAUUUCACACUCGCAGGAUUUUCUUAAUGGUGUUUGUACCAAUAUCAUCCACAUGCAAAACAAGAAGUUGAAGUUCUAUACAGGAAACUACGACCAAUAUGUGCAAACCCGUUCAGAGCUGGAAGAGAACCAGAUGAAACAGUACAAGUGGGAGCAGGAGCAGAUUGCUGGAAUGAAGGAAUAUAUUGCUCGCUUUGGUCACGGUUCAGCUAAACUAGCCCGUCAAGCACAGAGUAAAGAGAAGACAUUAGCUAAGAUGGAGCGUGGUGGGCUCACUGAGAAGGUCGGUAGAGACAGCGUCCUGGUUUUCCGGUUUACUGAUGUUGGCAAACUUCCUCCUCCAGUUCUACAGUUUUCGGAAGUCUCUUUUGGCUACACUCCUGAUAACCUCAUCUACAAGAACCUUGAUUUUGGUGUAGAUCUCGACUCGAGGGUAGCACUUGUGGGACCCAAUGGAGCUGGAAAGAGUACACUGCUUAAGCUGAUGAUAGGAGAUUUAUUUCCCACUGAUGGCAUGGUUAAGCGGCAUAAUCACCUAAAAAUCGCGCAGUACCACCAGCACUUGGCUGAGAAGCUAGACAUGGAAGUGUCAGCUUUGACAUACAUGAUGAGAGAGUAUCCUGGGAAUGAAGAGGAGAAGAUGAGAGCAGCAAUUGGGAGGUUUGGCCUCACAGGUAAAGCUCAAGUAAUGGCUAUGAAGAACUUGUCAGAUGGUCAACGUAGUCGGGUGAUUUUUGCAUGGUUGGCUUAUAGGUGCCCUCACAUGCUGUUGUUGGAUGAGCCAACUAACCAUCUCGAUAUUGAGACGAUUGACUCACUUGCAGAGGCGUUGAACGCAUGGGAUGGUGGGAUGGUUCUAGUUAGUCACGAUUUUAGGCUCAUAAACCAGGUUGCCCAUGAGAUAUGGGUAUGUGAAAACCAGGCUGUGACACAGUGGAAGGGUGACAUCAUGGACUUCAAGAAACAUUUGAAGAAAAGGGCCGGAUUGGGCGAGUAAAUUGGGAGAUUGUGUUAUAUUAGAAUGUGAUGGUAUCACUGUUUCCGCUUGGUUGUUUAGUGCCAAGGGCAAUGGUGAAAUCAGCACAGCCCAUCACGGGCUGAAGGGAAGAAAGUGAAAGUUCUUGAUCGCCAGUAAGACCUAGUAAUGUUAGCUAAGACCGUGCCUAGAGCCUGGUGCUAGAGAGAGGAAGUGAUCGAACCAUGGUCACCCACCGUUUGAACUCUGGUUAUUGUUCGGGCUUAGUCCACUAUUUUUGUUGACUCUCAUUACAUAUUCUCUUAGGUUUCGGAGAGCAUACACUGUAGCGUAUCCCUUAUGUUUAUGUCAUCAUUGUUUCUAUUGCUAUAUUAUUGCUAUAUUGUACUUCAGAUUUUGGGAUUCUGAAAGCUAUUAUGGAUUCUUUGAACCAUUUUGAGGCCA